CUCUGCGCUAGAGCUGCUUGUCUGUGGUGGAGAGCAGAGCUAAGCUGAGAGGAGCAGAUCCGGGGAGAGAGGAGCUCGCGUGCAGCGCUGGCUGGGAGGGAUCAGCUGUUUGGACCAGUUGUUCUCCGGACUAAAGCCUGUAAUCUUCUAAACACUUGAUUCAUGGAUUCCUCCUCCUCCUCCUCCUCCUCCUCCUACUCGGUGUGAGAGCCGUGUUGAGCUGAGUGAGCGCUAAGUUUGGGUUUGGGAGGUCUGAGCUGAAGCUGUGCGUGCUCAGAUUAUACCCAGGCUGUGAACUUGGGUUCGCCGCGCGCUCUGGACCAUGCUGCACGCGGGCAUGGGGAUGGUUUUGCUGUGCUGUGUUCUGAGCGCGGUGCUGCUCGGAGCUCCGCGGCCGGCGGGCGCUUCAGAGGGCUACUGCCGGACCCUCAGGACGCAGCGCAGGGGCGCCAGGAGAGACGGGCAUAACGACUACAGACUGCGCGUGGAGGGAGACCCGGACACCUACCAGCCUGGCAGCACUUACAGAGUGAGUUUGUACGCCUCCAGUCCAUCUUACUUCCGAGGCUUCACCCUGAUUGCUCUGAAGGAAGGCAGAGAAGGAGUCAGUCCUGAUGAUUAUGCCGGCAAUUUCAAGAUCAUAGACGAGGAGGAGACUCAGUUUAUGACCAGCUGCCCUCCGGCUGUCACUGAGAGUAUCCCCAGGAGACGCACUCGGAUACAAGUGUUCUGGACAGCGCCCCCUUCUGGCAGCGGCUGUGUCAUACUUAAGGCGAGCAUCGUGCAGAGGAGGAUCAUUUUCUUCCAGGAUGAAGGCUCUCUCACCAGGAGGCUGUGUGAGCAAGAUCCCCUCAGAGCGAUGGAGAAGCCCCUGCAGGACUGCUGCGCUUGUGGAACAGCCAAGUACCGGGUCACCUUCUACGGGAACUGGUCAGAGAAAGUGCAUCCCAAAGACUACCCCAGGCGUGCCAAUCACUGGUCGGCUCUGAUUGGAGCCUCUCACUCCAGGAACUACGUGCUGUGGGAAUACGGGGGAUAUGCCAGUGAGGGGGUCCGUCAAGUGGCUGAACUCGGCUCUCCUGUGAAGAUGGAGGAAGAAAUACGCCAAAAGGGUGAUGACGUUAUGACAGUUAUCAAGACUAAAGCUCAGUGGCCUGCCUGGCAGCCCCUCAAUAUUCGUGCAGCUCCAUCUGCUGAGUUUUCUGUGGACCGAGCUCAUCACCUCAUGUCCUUUCUGACCAUGUUGGGUCCCAGUCCUGACUGGAACGUGGGGAUCUCAGGGGAGAACCUGUGUACGCAGGAAUGCGGCUGGGUGCAGAGGCUGGCUAAAGACCUGCUGCCGUGGGACGCUGGGACAGACAGCGGAGUUACGUAUGAGUCCCCCAACAAACCCACAAACCCCCAAGAGAGGAUCCGGCCCCUCACCAGUCUGGACCACCCCCAGAGUCCUUUCUACAGCCCUCAUGGUGGUGCCAUCACACCCCUGGCCCGAGUAGUGGUGGAGAGGAUCGCCAGAAAGGGAGAGCAGUGCAACACCGUGCCGGACACCGUGGACGAUAUUGUGGCGGACAUCCCUCCGGAGGAUACGGAAGAAGGAGACAACACUCCAGAGACGUGUAUCUACUCCAACUGGUCUCCGUGGUCAGCCUGCAGCUCCUCCACCUGCGAUAAGGGCCGGCGGAUGAGGCAGAGGAUGCUGAAGGCUCAGCUGGACGCCACCGUGCCCUGCCUUCACACGCAGGACUUUGAGCCCUGCAUGGGUCCAGGCUGCAGAGAAGAGGAGCCGUCUACGUGCAUGCUGUCCGAGUGGAUCAGCUGGUCCCCCUGCAGCGCGUCAUGUGGAAUGGGCAUGAGGUCCAGAGAACGCUACAUCAAACAGUUUCCUGAGGAUGGAUCCAGCUGCAGGGAGCCCACCGAGGAGACAGAGAAGUGUGUGGUCAACGAGGACUGCUCUCCCAGCAGCUGCAUAGUCACAGAGUGGACUGACUGGGAGCCGUGCAGUGUGAGCUGUGGAUUAGGGAUGAGGAGGAGAGUGAGGAUGAUGAAGAUGGACACCUCAGAUGGAUCUCCAUGCCGAGUGCCACUAGAAGAAGUUGAGAAGUGCAUGAUGCCUGAGUGCAAUGAGCUGUCCUGCAUGGUGUCACCGUGGUCAGAGUGGGGGCACUGCAGUGUGACGUGUGGAGUGGGCAUGCGGAUACGGCGGCGCAUGAUGAAGACCCCGGCUCUGCCCAAUCAGUGUGGAGAUCCACUGGAAGAGGUGGAGAAGUGCAUGCUGCCGGAAUGCCCUGUGGACUGUAUGCUGUCUGACUGGUCCGACUGGUCGGAGUGCAAUAAGUCCUGUGGGAAGGGUCACAUGAUCCGCUCCCGCAUGGUGAAGUUGGAGGCUCAGUUUGGGGGAGUGCCAUGUCCGGAGACAGUGCAGAGGAAGAAGUGUAAAAUCAGAAAAUGCAGCAAACCUGAGAAAGGGAACAAGGACCGCGCAGGACGUUCAGUUUGCAAACUGCAGCCCUGGUCCAGCUGGACGGAGUGCUCCAAGCUGUGUAACUCUGGGAUCCAGGAGCGAGUGAAGGCCGUGAGGAAGACGGGCAAAGGCUCCCAUUCCAACGGCUGCAAGCCCAAGAAAGAAAUCCGCACCUGCAACACGCAGCCCUGCUAACAACCCCUCACCACAGACACACACACACACACACACACACACACAUAAGCAACAGACACAGGCGCGAGUAUACAAACACACACAAACAAACACAAAAACACAAACACACACACACACACACACAAACGAGCGCGCGAGAGCACGCGUGCACGCUCAGUCCUAGCCGAGUGUGUGAGGUGCGAGGCCUUUCUGGACUGGUGAGAGGGUCCUGUGUUCUGCAGCUAGAGCUCGUAGGCUUUUAGAGUCUUCCUCACUUCCGAGUGAGGACUAGGCAGACGUCCGUGAUUAGUUUUAGUUGCCUUUUCAGCGGGCAUACAUAUGUAUUACUCUAUAACCGACAGUACUCGACUUCACCACCUUCGCCACACAUUAAAACAUACUAAAAACAUGAAUAAUAAUAUCUUAUUAGUUAUUUUUAUGUUUUGUUUUUUUGUUUUUUUUUUUACUCUAAUUUUUUUUUUACACUAAUUCUGUCUGCACCCCUCCAUUAGCAUGCACUGUACAGUCUCCAAAUGUGAAAAAAAUAAAAUACCACAAACGCACUAUAAUUAAUGCACUAUACGUAUAUAUGCCAAGUACACCCUCAGACACAUGCGUAAACAUUACACACACAUAUUAUUUUUAUUUUAUUUUAUUUUUUUCGUUUUCUUUUUCCCAAUGCAAACUUGCUGUCAGGCUGUCAGUGGCAAUUCCCGAACAGUUCGCCAGUGUGCUUUAGUCUGCAGCUAAGCUAAAAAAAAUAAAUAAAUUAUUUAAUAAAAAAAAAAAGCAUCUUGAGAGCGUUGGAUUGCCGUCCCCUUUCAGGAAGCAGCACAGCGCAUCUGCGUCGGCUGUUCUUUGUCAAGGGCAUCACCCAAGAUUUGCAAUUCAAUCGAGUUUACCCCCAGCCAUCCUCUCCCAUCCCCGCCUCUAAUCCGGGGUCAGUGUGGCCACAUCAAGCCGCCGCUAUCGAGCGCUAUCAAGGUGGGUCACCCGCAAUCAAUGCCCAAUCGAUUUGGACAGCAACCAUCUGCUGAGGAUGGAUUGAUUUUCCAUUGUCUGUACAAAGUAGUUUUGUCGCACCGUCUAGAAGACUCCCAGCUGGGAAGCUAAAAAAAAAAAGAAAAAGAAAAAAAAAAAAGAUUUUUUAAAACCUUUUUUUGAAGAAGAAAAAAUAAUUUUACGAAUGUGAAAUAAUAACAGCCUGCGGAUGGUUCAAAAUGACGUUGCUGAACAGAAAGCACAGUAAGAACAACCAUUCCAAGUCUUUUGUACACCAUGAUUUGUUUUGGUUUUGGGUUUAAAAAAAAAAAGUACAGUACAGGCCAAAAGUUGGGACACACCUUCUCUUUUUCAAUGCGUUUUCUUUUCUCCUUUAAUUUUAUUUUCAUGACUAUUUACAUUGUAGAUUCUCACUGAAGGCAUGGAGUUUUAUGUACUUAACAAAAAAGGUAAAAUAAUAAAAAAAAAAAAACAUGUUUUAUAUUCUAGUUUCUUCAAAAUAGCCACCCUUUGCUCUGAUUACUGCUUUGCACACUCUUGGCAUCAUUCUCUCAAUGAGAUUUAUUAAGAGGUGGUCACCUGAAAUGAAAAGUUUUCCAACAGUCUUGAAGGAAGGAGUUCCCAGAGGUGUUUAUUAGCACUUGUUGCCCUCUUUGCCUUCUUCACUCUGUGCUCCAGCUCACCCCAAACCCUAAAUCUGGAUUGGGUUCAGGUCCGGUGACUGUGGAGGUUCAGCUCAUUUUUUGUUAAGUACAUAAAACUCCACAUGUGUUCAUUCAUAGUUUUGAUGCUUCAGUGAGAAUCUACAAUGUAAAUAUCAGUCGUGAAAAUAAAGAAAACACAUUGAAAAUGAGAAGGUGUGUCCAAACCUUUGGCCUGUACUGUACAUCGUGACUUUUUAUUCCGCUGUAAUGAUGUGUAGAGCCUGUUGUAACUCAGUAGCUCGGCUGUAGAAGGAGUGAGGGAGUGCAGUUCUAAUUUUAGACACUUUCUAACUUUUUUCUGUGGGAUUUUGAUAUUAUCAACACUCAGAACUCUGGCCAAAGUCAUGUGUAAGUCUCCUUCUCUCUCUCAGUCUUUCUCUCAUUCUCUAUCUCUCUAUCUCUAUCUCUCUCUCUUCACAAUAUAUUACUAUUUUGGAAUAAAUCACCUUUACAAUAAAAGUAAAUGUGACAAAACCUAA